GCUCAAUUCCGACGAACAACAACACAUCGCUCAUCCUCCGAUUCACCAGGAACCAAUCUCUCUCAAAUCCCUCACUUCUCGGAUCUCUCUCAUUCAACGCAAGCGUCUUUACGGAGUUAGGGUAAAAAAAAAUCGUUGAGGAUCAAUGGAGACAACGACGCAGCAGCCACAGGGCCAGCCUCCUCCGGUGGCCGAGAAGCUGAAUCCAGAACUCGUUCAGCUUCUGAACCUCGAGUCUGUGAAGACACGAGCCGAUAGCUUGUUCAAGGCUAUUUCUCGGAUCCUCGAAGAUUUCGACGCUUAUGGUCGAACCAACACUAGUCCUAAAUGGCAGGACAUUCUAGGACAAUACUCUAUGGUGAAUCUUGAGCUCUUUAACAUUGUGGAAGAGGUUAAGAAAGUCUCCAAAGCCUUUGUUGUGCUUCCUAAGAACGUCAAUGCCGAGAAUGCUCAAAUUUUACCGGUUAUGUUGUCAUCAAAGUUACUUCCAGAGAUGGAAGCUGAUGACAACGUCAAGAGAGAGCAGUUGCUUCAAGGCGUUCAGAACUUGCCUGUACCUAUGCAGAUUGAAAAGCUUAAGGAGAGGAUAAACUUGAUUGCAUUCGCUUGUGAGAGUGCUGAGAAAGUGUUAGCUGAUACUCGUAAAGCCUAUGGAUUCGGCGCACGUCAGGGUCCUUCUAUGCUUCCGACUAUGGAUAAAGGUCAGGUUGCAAAGAUCCAGGAGCAGGAGAGUAUGCUGCGAGCUGCUGUAAAUGAUGGUGCAGGAACAAGGCUGCCUCCAGACCAGAGACAGAUAACCACUGCACUUCCUCCGCAUCUCGUUGAUGUGCUAUUCGUCAACGAUGCAGGCAAGAAUGCAUUACCUGUGGCAGCAAACAACAUCAACAGUCAGGGGAAUACGAUGCAGGCACAAUUUAUGGGACGAUCAGCUGCAUCUCCAUCUAAUGCUAACUUUGACACCGCGAGAUCUCCCUUGCCAUAUUCCAAUUCUCCUCAAUCCGCGGGUAUGCUUAAUGCCCCUUCGCCUCAGCAACAACAGCAGCAGCUUCAACAGCAGCAAAGGUCCAAGUUAAUGCAGUUGCCUCAACAUCAACAACAACUACUUGCACAACAGCAACAGCUCAGGCAAUCUUCUAUGCAAGCAUUGGGUCAGAGUCAGAUGCCAUCACUCCACGAUUUGCAAGCUCAGCAGAAGUUUCAGUCGUUACAUGGGCAACAACAUCAAAUGCCAUAUUCUCAGUCAAUGGGUCAUCAACAAUACCAAGCUAGACAGCUAUCAGGUGGACAUAUUCAGCAUGGUAUGUCUCAAGGACAGCUCAAUCCAGCGAUGAACCGUCACUUGAACCAGUUUUCAGGUGGAGCAAAUAGUGCAAUGUUUACAUCUGCCCAAGGCUCCCCAAGUAGCCAGAUGUUACCAAACAUGUCAUCUAUGCAAUCUCAGACACUUAAUCCUAGAAUGCAGCAAUAUGGAGUUUCGGGUACCAAUGCCCAAAGAGGACAUGCGUCUCAAAUGUUGGGUGACCAGAUGUUUAACAACAGCGGAAUGAUGCAAACUCAACAGUCGCAGCAACCACAGCAACAACAACAACAACAGCAGCAGCAACAGCAAGGAGGCUAUGGAAAUAUGCAAACCAAUCAGCAGAAUCUACAGCCUAACAUGUUGCAGAACCCACAACAAAGACACCAAAACCCUCAAUAAAACUUCCCCUUUUGUACGACUUGGGCUUGUAAUAAGAUCCUUUCCAAAUUGUGGUUAUAAACGUACCAGUACGGGCCUGGUCUUUACUAUGAAACAAGGUUUUUUUUA